GACUCAGCUCUGACUGUUCUGCAGUCUGUAACAGAGAGAGCCACUCCUGGCUCUGCUAAAUGGGCCUGGAUGAGGAGAGGGCUUUACCACCUCAAAAUUGGCCAGCAUCAACAGGCUAUUGCAGAUCUGCAGGCAGCGUUGAGGGCUGAUCCUCAGGAUUGGGUGUGCUGGGAAUGUUUAGGUGAGGCGUAUCUUAACCGCAGGAGUUUCACAGCUGCUCUGAAAGCAUUCGAUAAAGCACAUACUUUGCAGCCCACCUCCAUCUACAGCCUCUAUCAGACUGCCGCCAUUAAACAGAUCCUCGGCCGGUUUAAAGAGGCCACUGUUGAGUACAGGCAGAUCUUAGAGCAGGAGGACUAUGUGCCAGCAUUGAAAGGUCUGGGUGAAUGCUUGCUAGCCUUGGCUAGAAGUGCACUUGAUGACUAUCUUGAUGGAAGAGCUGUAGAUUUGAUACAGAACGCCAUCCAUUACCUUUUCAG